AGAGAGAGAGGGAGGGAGAGAGAGAUACAUCAAAUUGAAUGUUACAUGAAAUAAUAAUUUGCAAUUAUAUUGUGUUUUUUUCCACAUAGAUCCUCUGAUGCAGACUGGCUCCCUGAACAGGAGGAGGAGGAGGAGGAGAGCCAGGUGGAGAAAGAGGGGCAGAGAGUUGGUGAGGAGGAAGGAGACGAUCAACCAUCAGCCUCUUCGCCGGCUACCACCAGAGCAAGGAAGAGGAAAGCAGCGCAGCCAUCCAGCGCCACACCUGCCACCAAGAGAGGCAGAGGAAGAGGGAGAGGAAGAGGAAGAGGAAGAGGAAGAGGACAGGGAAGGCGACAGGAGCCAGAGGGAAAUGGUCAGCCAUGGCAGGGGAUGGACGUGGAUGACAUCAUACCACCACAACCAUCAUUCAACCCCGCUCGCGCUCCAGGGCCCCAGGUCGUGGGGGGGGUGCAAUACACCAUACUGCAACUCUUCAUGCUCUUCAUGACAAGAAACACCCUACAGACAAUAGUAAAUCACUCUAACAUAUAUGGACAAAGGAACCACCCUCAUAGAUGGCAUCAGAUGUCCCUGGAGGAUCUGCUUUCAUAUAUUGGUAUGGUGAUUUACAUGGGCCUAGUUGGGGCCAAGUCUGUAAGGGACUACUGGGCGAAGAACGAACUUUACAAUUUCCCCUUCCCCACAUCUAUGUUGUCCGGGAGAAGAUUUGCAGCUGUCUCCAGCAUGCUGCAUAUUAGCCACCCAGACAGUGAUGCAGAGAAUGACAGGAGGAGGGGAACACAGGCCUACGAUCGUCUGUGCAAGAUCCGCCCUCUCUAUGACGAGAUUAGGACUGCGUGUAAAGCUCACUACCAUCCCCAACAACACAUUGCAGUGGAUGAAAGGAUGGUGAAAUCAAAAGCCCGCUCCAUCCUCCGCCAGUAUAUGAAAGACAAGCCCACUAAGUGGGGGUAUAAACUUUUUGUGCUGGCAGAUUCAUCAAACGGAUACACAUGGGACUUUUUUGUAUAUGAGGGGAGAAACAUGGCACUUCAAAAGGGGCUCAGCUAUGAUUCAGUCAUGAAUCUCGUGGACACGCGUGUGCUUGGCCAGGGCUAUAAGCUCUAUGUGGACAACUUCUAUACUAGCCCUACCCUGUUCAAGGACCUCCUGGCCGAGAAGGUAUGGGCUUGUGGAACAAUUAGAGAACAGCGAAUAGGCUACCCGAGAAGACGUCCAGGAGCUCUCACCUCUCAGUCACCACGUGGUACCAUCCGCUGGAUAAGAGAUGAUCCCGUUCUUUUUGUCCAGUGGAAGGACACGAGGGACGUCCGCUUGUGCUCCACAAUGCACACAGCCCACAACCCACAGACCACCGUUCAGAGGAGGGUCAGAGGGACAGAUGGCCGGUGGCAGCUGAAGUCCAUCCCUGCCCCACCAGCUGUCACUGAUUAUAACAAACAUAUGGGGGGAGUGGACCUCUCUGAUGCCAUGAUCGGGUUUUACAACACCGUUCACAAGACCAGGAAGUGGCACAGGACGUUCUUCUAUCACUUUCUGGACAUUGCCAUCGUGAACGCCUUUGUACUUCAUUCCUGUAUGGCAGCAGAGAGGCAUGAGACCCCCCUUACACAGAAGGCGUUCCGGGAGGCCCUGGUGUUGGAGCUGAAGGCAGCGGGGUCACCUUCAACUGGCCCUCCUCCAUCACCUGCUCCAGCUCCCCAAGGUGCACAUCACAAACUGAGGCACUACACGGAAGAUGGCACAGCAGGGAGGCGGAGGUGUGUGAACUGUUCCCUGAAGAGCACCACAGAGUGCACUUCAUGCCAGGUAGUGCUGUGCUUUACGGUGAAGAGGGACUGCUACAAUGAGUGGCAUACAAAGAACAAUUUGUAGGACUCCCCCCUCCCCCUCACUUCUCUUUCUCUCACUCACACACACACACACACACACACACACACACACACACACACACACACACACAAAGGGAAGAAAGAAUGAUGCUGGACUUCCGGACUGGAUUUCAUUUUCACACUUUUCAUUGCCACAUGGCAUGGUUUGCACCACACACACACACACACACACACACACACAC